AUGAAUUUGAAUGCAAAUCAAGCAGCACAAACUGCAAAUUAUGCUGGACAAGCAAUGAAUGCAUUUCAAACAGCUGUUACUAUUGAUAAUCAACAACCAAAACCUGAAGGAACAACAUUUUGGUUUCGUUGGCUUAUUCGAAUUGUUGCUAUUGCUACUGGGAUUUUUGCAAUGAUUUGUGGUGUUUUUGGUGCACUCAGCACAUCAGCUUCAUGUAUAGCAGCUGGUGCUAUUAUGAUUUUUCUUGGCUUCUCAAUGAUUAUGUUUGAAGUACCAAUUUGUUGUCAAUUUGUUAGAUAUACACAACCAGUUGCAAACUUUUCAGAAAAACGUCCACCUUGGCAGAAAGCUAUUUUAUAUUCACUGCCACCACUUUUACCACUUGCUCUAUGUCAAUCGAUAAGCAUUGUAUUAGGUUUCAUUUCUUUACUUGUUAAUGGUGGAAUUCAAUUCAUGUUAGCUGUUGGCAAAAAAGCAUCAAGAGAAGAAAUGAUGCAACGAGCUGGUGGAAGUAUUGAUAGUCGUGGACCACCUGUACCUGAUGGUCCUCCAAUAAUUACUGCAGGCAAUAAAGAUUAUAUAUUUACACAACUACAUUAA